AUGAGAACGGAAGGAACUGCUCAAUCCACCUCACCGCCUGCUGUAUAUCAUGGCUUUGAUAAGCAGACUCUGUUUCCCUCGAUAUCACCACCAACACUACUCACGUUCCCAUUAACUAAAUCUGCGGACUCAUCCCCACUCAAAUCACCAGUUUCCCCAUUACUCACAACGCGAACCCUAUUCCUGUCCCCAGUUAUCCGAAUCGAAACAUCUCCGCUGCUGGGGCUACUGCCGGCGCCGUUACUGCUGUUGUCACUCCUGUCUAGGCCGUCGACUGGCUCUGAGCUUCUAAGGUUUGAUUGUGGGAUGUUUACAAUCAAGUGUAUAGAAUUUUUGCAUGCUGGGAAGAAUGUUGAAGGUGUAGAUCAAUCUUGGAUUAGUGAUUGGCGUGUAAAACUAGCGGCUAAAAUAUUUGGUGCUCAUUUUGAUCCAUAG